GGUAAUCCGUAAAGAAUUGGCAUGGCUGUUUCAAUUUAUUAUUUUAUUUUUUCAACGUAUCCUAACCGACACCGGACGACUAAAACAUACAUAUGCUUGGUAUAUGCAAACCGUGGAAACCCCAGCAAACGGGAAACCUGGCUUCUCCUCGCAUUCUAAAACGCUUGUUUCCCCUCCGUACGGCCCAUAGAUCUCACCGUUUGAUCCCGUCUCCAACCGGGAGAGGCAUCCCACAUGCCUUUAUGGAUCUAAAUCCCUUCCGUCUAUGCUCCGGCCUCAAGUUCCUCGGCUACUUUAUGAUCCUACUCCUAUUGGCUUUGAUUGCAAUCUCUUACGACGCUGUCAUCGUCCUCACCUGUGUCCCGCAUCUCGUCGACGGUGGCUUUAAUACAGUAUUGUAUUUAUUUGUCGUCACUCUAUUUCACGUUCUGCUUGUAUUAUUGACAUGGAGCUAUUUUAUGGUUGCCUUCCGGGACCCAGGCUCAGUUCCUGCAAAUUGGGGAGUGUUACCAGCACAGGAUUCAAAGGAUGAGAAUUAUAAUAUACCUUCCAAUUCUUUCACGGAUAAUGUAUCACCUCUAUCUUCUGAGGGGAUAGAAAGAAUUACCGUUCGUUACUGUAAUCUGUGCCAAAAUGCAAAACCACCUCGGUGUCAUCAUUGCUCAGCCUGCCAACGAUGUGUGCUCAAGAUGGAUCACCACUGCAUAUGGGUAGUAAAUUGUGUUGGGGCAUGCAACUACAAAUUUUUUCUCCUAUUUGUGUUGUAUAGUUUUAUGGAAACAGGGAUGGAUACUAUUAUUUUGCUUCCUGGUUUCAUAAAUUUUUUUCGACAAGCUGGGCAUCAUUCCAGCUCUCCCGGGAGGCUUGCAAUCACAUUUUUAGCUUUUAUUUUGAAUCUGGCUUUGGCGCUGAGCCUUCUAUGUUUUGUAGUUAUGCAUGUCUCACUGCUGCUCAGUAAUACAACAUCAGUUGAGGUUCAUGAGAAGAAACAGGCUGCUCGUUGGAUGUAUGACCUGGGAUGGAAAAAGAAUAUUGAGCAGGUUUUCGGCACUAGAAAGGCCCUGUGGCUUUUUCCAGUGUUCUCAAAGGAAGACUACGAGAGUGUACCGGCUUUGUAUGGUCUAGACUUCCCAACAUGUUCAGUUGUCAACGUAUGAGGUAGUUCUUUGUCCAGAUAUCUAUCAUUAACUGCCUUAUACCUGUUUUAUACAUCAGUUCCCCAUUUUCCAACAUUUUAUUGUUCCUUUUGGUGUCAAUUAUUUUGUAUAUUAAGAGUUGAUAUUGCCAUAGCAGUAACUUGAAUGUUAUUCCACAUUGGCACCUGAUCAUAGUUUAAUGUAAAUGUCAACUUUGUUGUUUUUGAAAAGGAGAUUUUAUAGUAUAUAGCAGACCAUCUUCUUGAUGUAGUAGACAAAAUCAUCUUUUAGGCGUGGGCAUGAAAUGACUCCAUCAUUUGCUACAUCACUUAGGUUGGUAAAGAUUAUAGAUAUAAUUGAAAUAUAUGAAUUGGGGGAAUUUGAAAGUUGGGUGCUACAAGAACAACUCCUAAUGCAAAAAUGCUAUAUUCGUUCGAUUUUAUAUUUAGAAGUAGUACUCAUAUAUACUAAUGCAAAUAUCUCGUGGAAAUUUUACAUUCUAAACUUUUGCAAUAGCACCUAAUAUAUGAAUUGAAUAAUGGAUGUGAAAAAACUCUUGCCUCAGAUGGAAAAUAUCAUUCAUGGAAAGUUCUUUUAAAAUAUUCAGUUUUAUAAGGAUACUAGAUACAUUAUCUAGUGUAAGAUAAAAUAUGGAAUUAGUCACAUUUUAGAAGUGUUUUGGAAAUAUAGGGUGGAUAUAUUGUUAAAAAGAAAAAAAAAAAAAAAAGUUGAUAAAUAGGGCAAAAAUAAAAUUAAAAAAUGUAAGUAGACAACAAUAUUCUUCUGCCACCAAUCCAAUACUUGUGAAGCUAAUUCAACCAUAGCAUGUGGAGAAAAA